GGCAUCCAUCGUCCUUGGCUCGCUGAUCGUGCGGCCACCUGGACCUCUCUCAUUCACAUCUUCGACCACGCGGAAUCCCAAACGGGUCAGGACAAGUCGGUCAGAUUGUUCAGCCUACCUCAACGCAAGUCCACUGAUUCGUGGCUGGGCUUGACGAUCAGUCUUGCUUUCCUCUGCGUCGGGUGGUCAUUCGGACCACAGCAGGGGCAGCAGGUCUUGCUUGCGUCCAACAUUCUGACGAUAGCUCGCCUUCGGACCUCAAGCAGCACAGCAACGCACUCGUUGGCACUCCCAAUCCAAGCUCGAUUGGGGAGCGCCCUCGUCAAAGGCUGCUUUUCCAACAGCUGUCCAUGUCUGAGUAGCCGAGUCUCUACCUCACACUUGUUCAGACAUGUCCUCCAUCUUUCGAGCGCCGGGCAGCUUUGGUGCAUCAGCAGCUAGCACUGCGCGUCCAGGUCUGGUCAAUACCUCCAAUACUGGAAGUCAAGCGGCGAGCAGCGACAUUGAAGUGAACCCUUCUCCUCCAGAUGGAAUCUCUUCGCUCGAUUGGAGCUCUGCUGCUGACUUUCUCGUGAGCGGGUGCUGGGACAACAAUGUUCGCAUUUACGGAGUGGAAGGGGCAGGGGCGGUGCCCAAAGCGAUGUACAGUCACGAAGGUCCAGUGCUAGACACCAUUUGGUCCAAAGACGGCUUGAGAGUCAUAAGCGGCUCAGCAGACAAGACUGCUAAGCUGUAUGACGUUCAGAGCGGACAGAGCAAUCAGGUCGCUGCUCACGAUGCACCUAUCAAGCACGUGAGAUGGGUCGAUCAGGGAAACGGGCUGCUCGCUACUGCCAGCUGGGACAAGACGGUCAAGUACUGGGACAUGCGCCAAGGGAAUCCUAUCGCACAAGCCACACUUUCGGAAAGAUGCUACGCUAUGGACUGCGAGUGGCCAUAUCUGGUCGUUGGCACAGCGGAUCGCAAGAUCCACGUCUUUGAUCUGCAGCAAAAUCCCAAUGCUCCUGCCUUUUCGAUCGACUCUCCACUCAAAUAUCAGACGAGGACCAUCGCUUGCUUCAGACGAGCACCCGAGGUCGGCUUGGAACCCAUGGCACCCGGCUUCGCACUUGGGAGCAUCGAGGGACGAGUUGCGAUUCAGUACUUCAAGGAUGAGCACAAGGGCUCGAACUUCUCGUUCAAGUGUCAUCGAAAAGAGCCUCCUACGGGUAGCAGGGAACCAGCUGUGGUGUGUCCCGUCAAUGAGAUCAGCUUCACGCCUCAAGGCACAUUCUCCACUUGCGGCUCGGAUGGAACCUUCACCUUCUGGGACAAGGACGCUCGUACGAGGCUCAAGACUUUUGACCGCAAAGCAGCUCCGAUCAGCGCAACGGCUUUCAAUCGAGACGGUAAAAUCUUUGCGUAUGCCGUGUCGUACGAUUGGCACGCGGGUCAUCAGAUGGCUAAUCCGCCCAAUAGCGGAAAGGACAAGAUCUAUCUUUUGCCCGUGGCCGAAGAAGACAUUCGCAGGAAGCCUCCCAAGAGGUGAGGUUCUGCCAAUUGCUCUUGACUUUCUGCCCACUCGGCGGAUGGUGACAGGCGCGAGAAGAAGGACCACGAAAGGAGAAGACUUCGAAUAGAAGCAAGGUACCCACACUUCGCGAUAUGUUGCGAGCGAGCGACGUCAAUGAGAUAUUGUCA